UUUAAAAAAAAAAAAAGUGUAAAUUAAUCUUUUAGCGUUUCAUCUUUAUUUUUCAGUCUACUCAGUUAUUCGUAGAAGAAAAAUUGGAUAAACUUGAAAAGGAAGAAUCUUUAUCUUUCCAGGGUCACAUGCUAUGCUUUUAAGCUAACUUUAUCUCCACAAAACCGCUACCUCAAGUCAAAUGCCCUCAUGAAAAAAAGUCCUUGAAAAAAACCUUCUCUCUCGUUCCCACACAUUUCUUGCCAGAUCAAAAUAUUGAUUCCCGCAAAGGACUCCAACCAACAAUACUUUCUCACCCACACACCUCUCUCUCUCGAGGCAGAUAAACCAAAAUAAGGAGUCUCUUUAUAUCUCCCCCGCUCCUCCUCCAACUUCAAUGUCUUCAUCAAGCAAAAAGAAGAAGCUUCUUACAACCAUUCUCACAGCCAAUGUUGCAGGCUGCGGUUGCGGAAGGCCGAAGCUUUCCGACGUGUACGAGCCGACCCCAAAACCCAAAAUCCAAACCCACAAAAACCCUAUUCACCGAUCCCUCUCCUCUUCAAGUUCCGGAGAUCAAAAUGGCAAGAGCUUCACAGUUGAGGACGACAACGAAGAUCGGUGCACCUCUACCACCGUUUCUUUUAACAACAACAGCUCCUCCUCGCAGUCACACCCAUCUGAUUCGGCGGAGAGUACGAAUCCUAAGAACACAAAGAUUUCGAGCCCGAAUACGAUGAAAGUCCACGACAGCAUUGCGGUGGUGAAGGAAUCAAACGAUCCUUAUAAGGAUUUCAGGCAGUCGAUGCUGCAGAUGAUUGUGGAGCAGCAGAUUUACUCGAAGGACGAUCUGCAGGAGCUGCUCAGCUGCUUUCUGGAGCUCAACUCUGCAUCCCAUCAUGAUGUUAUCAUCCGAGCAUUCACACAAAUCUGGAACGACCUCAUCAGAGAAAGCGAGAAGCCGAUGAUCAUGUGAAUACCAGAUGGGUUCCACAUGCCGCGGCCAUGUGAAGCAUUGAAUUGAUGGGAAAGUGGGGGAGAAGGAAAAUUGAUGGGAAAGUGGGGGGAGGAGGAAAUUCAGAGGCGUGGGGUAGGUUGGGAAAAUUCAUUACUCAUAAAUUCAACGGAGAAGUAAAAAAAGUGAGAUAUUUGGUAGUUAUUGGGUUUUUGCCUGGAUGGACAGUAGUUUUAAGUAGCAAUAUGCAGAGGUGUUUAUAUAAUCUUAUUUUAUUUUAUUGGCAUUUUAUGUGAGUGUACAAUUUCCAACAUUUACAUUCAAUACUAACUGUGUAGUUUUAAUUAAUGAUUUUGUAGUUGAGCACUCA